AUGAGCGGCGAUCCUUCGCUAGCCGCCGUCGCUGCUUUCGUCAAAUCCCUCGCCGUCGACCCGACGACACUCCCAGGGACGUCUGUUGAUUCCUUCCUUGAGGUCAAGCUUCCAGGGCCCGAUAGUCCCGACAAGGCGAGCCUAGAGCGUGAGCUUGCUGCGCUUGCCCACCGGGUGCGGCAACUCGAGACCAGGGCAAACUCGACAACCGCAACUGUCUUCCCCGACACGCCAAAUGAGACAAGCGACUUAGUGUUCGCCCAAGAUGGCAGGCCCCAAAUACCCGUAUGUCCGCCCGUUCUGCCCCACAACGGGUUCAUUGACGAAGCACUCGAGGGCCUGCGCGAACACGUCGACGGACAAUCGAAACUCCUUGACAACCAACGCCAGGAGCUAGCCGGCGUUAAUGCGCAGCUACUCGAGCAGAAGCAGCUCCAGGAGAAGACCCUCGCAAUGCUUGAGCAGGAGCGGGUUGCAACCCUGGAGCGUGAGUUAUGGAAGCAUCAAAAAGCGAACGAGGCUUUCCAAAAGGCGUUGCGAGAAAUUGGCGAGAUCGUCACGGCUGUUGCGCGUGGCGACCUUUCCAAAAAGGUCCGCAUGAACAGCGUUGAGAUGGACCCUGAGAUUACGACGUUUAAGCGCACCAUCAAUACCAUGAUGGACCAGUUGCAGGUCUUUUCGAGCGAGGUGUCUCGUGUCGCGCGUGAAGUCGGAACGGAGGGUAUCCUAGGCGGCCAGGCUCAGAUUGAGGGCGUCGCCGGCACAUGGAAGGAACUUACUGAUAAUGUGAAUGUCAUGGCGCAAAACCUCACUGAUCAAGUGCGCGAGAUCGCAUCGGUCACGACAGCUGUGGCUCACGGUGAUCUUACCCAGAAGAUCGAACGCCCUGCCAAGGGUGAGAUUCUUCAGCUCCAACAGACUAUCAAUACCAUGGUGGAUCAGCUCCGGACAUUUGCUGCCGAAGUCACACGCGUGGCUAGGGAUGUCGGGACUGAAGGCAUGCUUGGCGGCCAGGCCGACGUCGAGGGAGUGCAGGGCAUGUGGAACGAGCUAACAGUCAACGUGAAUGCCAUGGCCAACAACCUCACCACCCAAGUGCGAGACAUCAUCAAAGUCACCACGGCCGUCGCCAAGGGAGACCUCACUCAGAAAGUGCAAGCUGAAUGCCGGGGCGAGAUAUUCGAGUUGAAGAAGACCAUCAACUCCAUGGUGGACCAGCUUCAACAGUUUGCGCGUGAAGUUACCAAGAUUGCCAGAGAAGUCGGGACCGAAGGAAGGUUAGGUGGCCAGGCUACCGUCCAUGAUGUCGAAGGCACAUGGCGGGAUCUCACAGAGAAUGUCAACGGCAUGGCCAUGAACCUGACCACCCAAGUGCGUGAGAUUGCCGCCGUCACAACAGCUGUCGCCAGAGGCGAUCUCACCAGAAAGAUUGGGGUCGAGGUCCGUGGCGAAAUCCUGGAUCUGAAGAACACCAUCAACACCAUGGUUGACCGUCUUGGAACCUUCGCGUUUGAAGUUAGCAAAGUCGCCAGGGAAGUCGGCACAGAUGGAACCCUCGGUGGCCAAGCCCAGGUCGACAAUGUUGAGGGCAAAUGGAAAGAUCUGACUGAGAAUGUGAACACCAUGGCGAGAAACCUCACAUCGCAGGUGCGAGGAAUCUCGACCGUCACACAGGCUAUCGCCAACGGCGACAUGAGCCGCAAGAUUGAUGUCGAGGCCAAGGGCGAGAUACUGGUCUUGAAAGAGACAAUCAAUAACAUGGUUGACCGGCUGUCCAUCUUCUGCAACGAGGUGCAAAGGGUGGCCAAGGACGUCGGCGUUGAUGGGAUCAUGGGAGGUCAAGCUGAUGUCGCCGGCCUGAAAGGAAGAUGGAAGGAGAUCACCACGGACGUAAACACCAUGGCGAACAACCUUACCGCCCAAGUGCGAGCAUUCGGUGAUAUCACGAACGCAGCCACAGACGGCGAUUUCACCAAGCUCGUCGAAGUAGAGGCCUCGGGUGAGAUGGACGAACUCAAAAAGAAGAUCAACCAGAUGGUCUACAAUCUUAGAGACAGUAUCCAGAGGAACACGCAGGCCAGGGAAGCCGCCGAAUUAGCCAACAAAACCAAAUCCGAGUUCCUCGCCAACAUGUCGCACGAGAUUCGAACACCAAUGAACGGCAUCAUCGGAAUGACGCAGCUCACGCUAGACACAGACUUGACAUCGUAUCAAAGGGAAAUGCUCAAUAUUGUCAACUCGCUGGCAAACAGCUUGCUGACCAUCAUUGACGACAUUCUGGACUUGUCCAAGAUUGAGGCCAGGAGAAUGGUUAUUGAAGAGAUACCGUACACGUUGCGGGGCACCGUCUUCAACGCGCUCAAGACGCUCGCUGUCAAGGCAAACGAAAAAUUCCUCGACCUCACCUACCGCGUCGACAGUUCCGUGCCCGACCACGUUGUUGGCGAUUCGUUCAGGUUGCGCCAAAUCAUCCUGAACCUAGUGGGCAACGCCAUCAAGUUUACCGAGCAUGGUGAGGUUAGCCUCACGAUCCAGAAGGCGGCCCAAGUGCAACCAGGGCCGGACGAGUAUGCGAUCGAGUUCGUUGUGUCUGAUACGGGCAUCGGUAUUCCCUCGGAUAAGUUGGACCUUAUCUUUGAUACAUUCCAACAGGCCGACGGCUCCAUGACACGCAAGUUUGGCGGUACCGGACUGGGUCUAUCUAUUUCCAAAAGACUGGUCAAUCUGAUGGGCGGUGACGUGUGGGUUAAGAGCGAGUACGGGAAAGGCAGCAAAUUCUACUUCACCUGCGUUGUUCGCCUGGCUGAAGCCGACCUCUCCCUGAUUACAAAGCAGCUGAACCCUUACAAGGGGCAUCAGGUGCUCUUCAUCGACAAGGGCAGGACUGGAUUUGGGGCCGAGAUCGUCAACAUGUUGAAGCGUUUGGGCCUGGUCCCUAUUGUGGUCGACACCGAGAGAAGUCCGGCGUUGGAGAAAGUGCGUGGACAAGGAACGUCUCCCUACGACGUCAUCAUCGUCGAUUCUAUUGAGGAUGCUCGACGGUUGCGUUCAGUGGACGACUUCAAGUAUCUCCCCAUUGUCCUCCUCGCACCAGUCGUCCACGUGGCCCUGAAGUCAUGCCUCGACUUGGGCAUCACUUCGUACAUGACAACGCCGUGCGAGCUGAUUGACCUCGGCAACGGGAUGGUUCCGGCAUUGGAGAAUAGGGCCACACCUUCGUUGGCGGACAACACGCGCUCGUUUGAGAUCCUCCUGGCCGAAGACAACACGGUCAAUCAAAGGCUUGCUGUGAAGAUUCUCGAAAAGUACCACCACGUAGUCACAGUGGUAGGAAAUGGUGAAGAGGCGGUCGAGGCGGUGAAGAGGAAGAAGUUUGACGUCAUCUUGAUGGACGUUCAGAUGCCUAUUAUGGGCGGCUUCGAAGCCACGGCCAAGAUCCGCGAGUACGAGCGUAGCCUCGGCAGCCAGAGGACGCCCAUCAUCGCUCUGACGGCGCACGCAAUGAUGGGUGAUAGAGAGAAGUGCAUCCAGGCGCAGAUGGACGAAUACCUCUCCAAGCCGCUGCAGCAGAACCACCUCAUUCAGACCAUCCUUAAAUGUGCCACGCUUGGUGGACAGCUGCUUGAGAAAAACCGGGAGCGCGAGCUCGCACGCGCAGCCGACGCGGCGACGGGCGGCCGCCGAGACAAUGGGACAUUGUCGGCGUACCAUCAGCACCAGACAGCGGCGACCGCCGCUGCCGCCGCGGCAGCAGCAGCAUCGGCAGCGGCCAGCCGGCCUUCGCUGGCUUCGCGUGGCUUCACGGUGGCCGAGGCCCUCUCGGGCGGCCUGGAGAGCCCAUCCAUCGUAACGGCGGAUCAGGACGACCCUUUAAGUAGGGCGCGUAGCAGCCUCUCGGAACCUAACAUCCGCACAAUCUAG